GCGCUCCGGUUGGCGGAACGCCGCGCCUAACACACUUUUUUUCCGUGGGCUAAAAAUUUCUCGGGGGAAGGAAGGCCCGCAGACGAGACGCCGCCGACACUCCCGCGGGUCGGGGCUAGGAAAACAUUUUUCCGUGCCGUCGCUGCUGCCGCCAUCUUGGAGCGACGCCCGCUGGCGAGGUCGCCGCCGCCUCAUCUGUGCUGCACGACGCGGGAGCUUUGUGUUUCGGCCGGCCCGCUCCCGUCUUUCAGCACGAGCCUGCUGCUGCUGCCGCUGCAGAGGAGAGAAACGUCCAGUACCAGGCGAACCGGAGGAUGACCGAGCACUGUGCCAACGCCGACCCAAUGUCCGGCGGUGCAGGCGCCGCGGCGGGCGACAGUCCCGGCCUGUGCGUGAGCCAGAAGAUCCACUGGCCGCACAACGUGACCUGCUACCUGGUAAAGUUCUACCGCCAGACGCCCUGUCUGUGGGACCACUCGCACCGCGACUACAGCGACAAGAUGGCCAAGGAGCGAGCUCUGCAGCAGUUCUCGAACGAGACCGGCUACCCCGUCGAGGCGGUACGAAAGAAACUCAUCAACCUGCGCAACCAGUUCACAAACGAGUGGCAGAAGAUGGACCGCAGCAGCAACUCGGCGAAACCGUACCGCACCAAGUGGGCGUUCUACAAGUCCCUCACCUUCCUCAAGGACGUCGUACUGCCACGAAAGCCCAGGAACGCAUUGCACCACGAGGGCGUACACAUGAGGAUGCCUCCGAUGGGCGUGCAGGCUUUCGACGCACGCUCGAUGGACAUGAGCGCGAGCUUCGGAUUCGCCCGGGAGAGGCGGCUCCACGAAGCGCAGCAACAGUUCCACCACGACGGCCUCGACCAUUCUCCGCAGAACCACCAGAACCACGGCAGGUCGGCGCAGAACAACAACAACGAGGACUCCUCGCACCUCGACGGGUCGGCGCUGCUGGACGGGUUGCAGCAGCAGCAGGAGGGCCACCGAGACGGAUCUUCGCACCAGACACCGCCGCAGCAUCAGCAGGACCAGGACGUGACCGUGAUCGGCCCGGGUGGCGACGUGGACGACCUGGAGCUGUCGCAGUCAAGCAACUCGCUCGUGCUCUCGCCCGAAGUGACCCUCGAGGAGCCGUCCUCGAGCGAGCGGAGGAUCCUCCCGGCGGAGGAUGACGGUUUCCAUCAAGAUAUACGACCAACGUACACGUUUCCAGGAGAGCGCUACGGCGACAUCCAGAGGGGCGAUCACGUGGACGCGUUCACAUGCUACAUCGGCACCGAGCUGCGACGCAUUCCGGACGAGGAGACCGUGGGCCAGCUGAAGCUGCAGAUCCUCAAGCUGAUCUUCAACGCCCAGGCGACCACCGCCGCCUACCAAGGCAACGCGCAACAGUGACGCGGCGCGCUCCCGUCAACGAGUCACGAUUCACUGCCAACGCGCGUAUAUAGCACGCGGUGCGGUCCAGCGUAGCGGAACAACGUCAGGCAACCCGUUCAGCGCUAAACUCCCCGUCGUCAAACUGGACCGAACCGCGUUCGGCAGUAUACAACGCGCACCCAGAUGGGAACAAGACUAUAGUGAUGGACGAACAAGACUGUAGUGAUUACCGGACGAGACCUAAGCGCCUUCCGCGUCAGAACUGCGGCCCAGCGGCUGCGUUCAAAGUCCAAUGUGUCAGAAUGCGAGUAAGUCGCUCGCAAUGUACCGAUCGUGGUGCCGUAUUUAUUAUAGGGAGCACUGUAGGCGUGGCUCCCUUUACCCGCGACAACAUAAGGCGAUUUAGAGGAGACAAGGACUUCCCUAUAGAGAAGAGCUUUUGUUUUAAAAAAGUGCGCGCAUUUAGAAACACAACGCCGCUGACACAAUAUAACCCUGUGCACUGUUAUUAUCAACGGCGCCGUGCGUCGACGAUUCGCCUAUUUAGCGCGAUAUGCAUCUGUCCCUUGCAAGCAAGAGACUGGGUACAUACUCAUUGCCAUCAAAGUAUAUGGGGUUGCUUGACCCUCAACGAAAACUGCAGCUUCGGCACUUCCGUGUCACUGCAUCUAUGCACAAGCGAGCACACCGCACGAGGGUACACGGUGCCGCGUUGUCACUGAGCGGAAUUUUUUUAUAUUCACUGUUAGAUUUUGCGUAAGCUUUAUGCCCAACCUUUGCCGUCGAACAGGCUCGGAUUGAGUCCGAGAGUAUACUUAUGCGCGCACGUACAUUGUCGUGUUUUGUUUGUCUUCCUAUGCCACCUUUAAAAAAAAGCGACCUAGAGGCACAGCUGGCCUUAGUUUAGUCGGACCAGGUUUACGGCACACCGCGACAACGAGUAGCGCAAACCGCCCGCCGUACAUUCGAGUACGUGGAGAGACUAUGCACAACUAAUGGCACCGUGCCGAUUUUAGUGUCAAAGUAAAAGCGAAUGUGCGCACAAUGCACACGCGUGUUCACUUUGCACCUGGAAGUGAAGAAGUGUUGCGGACAGUCAAGCUAGUUUGUCAUCCAUUACCUAUCUACAGCAGCGCACUCGUUAUUUAGUACAGCAACAAAUGCGAAGCCUGCACUGGAUAUAAGAGACAGAGCAGCCGGUUACUGACGGCGCUCUUAUGCAAUUUCUCCGAGUAUAACGCCCGUGUCUUACAGAAGGCGUGACGUGUCAUGUCUUAUAGAAGAAGGUUUAUAUAUACGCCACAUGUAAUGCGUGCGAGGUCACAAGACGAACGUCGUAUAUUUCCGUGCAUUACUAUCGAAUCGCUCGCGACGAGGCUCCAGUCACGUAAGCGAACUGCCAAACGAAGACUCCUUUUCCGGUGCACGCUCCAACGAAUGUGGGUGUG